AUCAUUUCUCGCACUCUCACUAAAUUUGACGUCCUAAGUAAUCCCUGAGUGACUCUGAAACAUACACGGCAUUUCUCGCGAGCUCGGGGCUGCGGACGGCUCGAGCUGCUGCGUUACCGGCUACGACACCUCAGUGUAAACAGCCAUGGCUGCCCUUCGCAGGUUUAUACGUUCACUCGCUUACGGCUCCAAAGCAGGGACUCACACUGUUACGGGGAAACAGCAGACAUCCCCAGGGGGGACAAAAGCGCUGAAAGUCAUCGCGGCCGGAGCCUGCGUCGCCGCUGCGGCCGCCGGUGCUGCUUAUUACUGCUGCCCGUAUGUCGGUAGGCGUUCUGGACUGAAGAGCCACGUCGAGGCUCGACUCUUUCAUCUGGCGCUGCCAUCAGUUUCUGCCACCGAUGAGGCCAGGAGCUAUAGUCUGGAUGAUGGAGACGUGUACAUGUCAUGCUAUGAAAACAGAUUCCGCCUUUUCAGUUCGGUGGAGUUCGAGGGCCAGCUCUACAUGACGCCACUCAACUUCAUUGAAUCCAUUACUCUGAAUGAACCCAAGAGUAGGAGAGCACGGAAGUCCCUCACAAAAAAGGAAUUAGACAAGAUGCUGGCCUAUACCCCACCUGUUUGGAAAGGAUCAUCUAAUUUGUUUAGAAAUCUACGUGAACAAGGUGUCAUCAGUUACACAGAGUAUCUCUUCCUGCUCUGCAUUUUAACAAAGCCCCAUGCAGGCUUCAGGAUUGCCUUCAACAUGUUUGAUGCAGAUGGGAAUGAAAUGGUGGACAGAGAGGAGUUCUUGGUGUUGGAAGAAAUUUUCCGUAAGAAAAAGGACAGAAAGGAAGUUGCUGAAGAUGUGCAAAGAUUUGACCAGGAGGUUCUUAAAAAAGACAGUCAGCAUGUGGAGGCCCGGGGCAUGUGGGAUGUUCUCAGACGAGGCACAAGUCAAGUUCUGUUUUCUGAUCUCACAGAGCACAUGGACGAGAAGAAAGAGACGACGCUGCUGGUGCAUUUCUUUGGGAAAAAAGGCAAAGCCGAGUUGAAAUUUGAAGAUUUUUACCAGUUCAUGGACAACCUGCAGACAGAGGUGCUUGAGAUAGAGUUCCUCUCCUAUUCCAAAGGCCUGCCCAUCAUCAGCGAGGAAGACUUUGCUCGGAUCCUUCUUCGCUACACCAACGUGGAUGAUGUCAGCGGGUAUUUGGAGAACUUGCGCCACAGCAUGCCGGAUGAAAAGGGAAUCACCUUUGAGGAGUUCAGGUCCUUCUUCCAGUUCCUUAACAACUUGGAGGAUUUUGCCAUCGCCAUGCAAAUGUACAAUUUUGCCAACCGCUCCAUCGGUCAAGAGGAGUUUACCCGCGCCGUCUACGUUGCUACGGGCAUCAAACUGACCCGCCACUUGGUUAACACAGUCUUCAAGAUCUUCGAUGAGGAUCAUGACGAUAAACUCAGUCACAAAGAGUUCAUUGGUGUCAUGAAGGACCGACUGCACCGUAGAGACGGGGCCGUCAGAGUGGAGGAGAAGUUCAACUCUUUUAAGUCCUGCAUGAAGAAGGAGCUCUCAGGCAAAUAGGAAAGCAGAUGAGUCCUUUUAUCAAAAUGGUGAAAAUCCCAUCAUUGGCGCGUGUCUUAUCUACUGGAGGAGCCGUGUGUCUGUUUGUGUGUGUGUGUUCCUCUUGUAUGUUUUCUAGCAGGGCAGAAGGGUUAAAGCAUGUUGCAGCAUCUGUCAAAAGUUUUAAAAUGAACAGGAUGUGGUACAAACGAAAUGUUAUCAGCCUAAUGGGAAGCUGUUUGCAAGUGGUCAAACAAACCAGGAUGACUCAUUAUGAAACUAAUGAGAAAAUCCAAUUAGUGUUAGUGGUGCAGUACUCUAAAUUGGACAAAUUAAUUCAUCUAACUGCUUUGGCCUGUUCAGAAGAUAUAAUUUAUUAAUUCAUCUACUUAUAAAUGUAUUUAUCACUUUGCUAUUUUUAAUCCUGAUUUUAUUUAUUUAUCUGAAAGUCCAUUGUCUUAUUACUGCUCUGCCAGUGUGUGUUGUACAGUCUGAUCCUGUACGCCGGCAGCAUUGCUCACACACUUUGUCCUUCAGUCGGCUCUGCAGCCCCCUGCACAGAUCAGUUAAAGGCUGCACCUCCUCCGACUCCUCCCCGUCCUCCCCCUCACUCCCAAAGCGCUGCAGCUCAAAUCCUCCCGCAUCCCCCAGAGCCAGCAGGCCUGAACAAACUCACUGAGUCUGUGGCUUUUUCACUGUUUAACUACAGGCAGCUAACAGUGUUAAUUAUUUCUUGGCUAGUAAAGACAAGUGCUAUUUUCAUACCACUGCCAGGGAAGACCUCUUUAUGGUUAAAUGUGCAGAAUAUUGAAGCCAUAUGUUUCUUUCACUUUUAGGACACAGCUUGAAUUGGUGUUGGUUUUAAAGAAGGGGCGUAUUAAAGUGACCUUCCUUGUAGGCUCUGUGAAAGAGGAGUUUGUACUUUAGGUUUUUCUUUGUAGAAAUCCUCACAUACUACUAUAUGCUGUGCUACUGAGGAAUUCUUGAUGACUGGUUCAAUGUUAGACUCAAUGGAUUUGGAUUUCAGACUACGUCCUGUUUUAAUUUUUGGAUCUUUGAAUUAGUUAGCCUACCUCUUGAAGAGUUUCAGAAACU